UCGUGAAACUCAACUUUGAAUAACCGAGUGUGGUCAUUUCUUGCAGCGUGAGCAGUAAAAACCCACGUCACUCUGUCAGACAACUCCCCCCUUUUUUUCCUCCCUGUUGGACCAACAUCCACAGUUCAGGAACAACUGGAUAAAGAUUUUUUUGGGGGGGGAAUCAGAGGAACAAUCAUGAUGACCGGAUUUCGGCUGAACUUGUCGCCGCUGAAGGAACCUCUAGGCUUCGUCAAACUGGUGGAGUGGCUCACGGCCAUAUUUGCUUUUGGAAGCUGCGGUGGAUUCUCAGGAAGGAACGUCCUAUCUGUCUUCUGCGGCGAUGGAAGGAAUGAGACGCUCAAUGCCGACUUUCACUACCCUGUGUGGUUAAGCCAAGUCUUGCUCAUCGUGGGAAACAAAAGUCUUUGUGACCACUCUGUCACAACCACAUACAUGGUGGGAGACUCAGCCUCCUCAGCUGAGUUCUUUGUGGGUAUCGCUAUCGUCUGCUUCCUGUACAGCAUGGUGGCUCUGUUGGUUUAUUUAGGCUACAUGCACGUCUACAAGGACUCUGACUUUGGACCCAUUUUUGACUUUGUGCUCACAGCGAUCCUGGUCUUCCUGUGGCUGGUGUGUUCAUCUGCCUGGGCGAAGGGCCUGCAGAAUGUGAAGGACGCCACAGACACCGAAGGCCUCAGCGCCACGGUGGCACUCUGCAAGGGCAGCAACAUAACCUGUGAGGUCACGGAGUUCGCCAACAUGAGAACCCUCAACAUCUCUGUGGUGUUUGGCUACCUCAACAUGUUUGUGUGGGCGGGCAACGCUUGGUUUGUGUACAAGGAGACUCGCUGGCACUCUCAGAAAUUCUCUUCCCCGUCUGGACAUGGACGGCAACAGGUCCCUGCACCCAUCUAACAUACAGUAUACAUACAGCAACACGCCAAGUCAGAGUCACAUACAAAUAUGCAAAGACACAAUAAUUGACACGCACACACCACACACAGAACAGAAUUAGCCACACAUGCAUAAGUUUGUCCACACGUGUAGACAAAUGUGCAUGUAGACAUAAAUACACUUACAUGCACAUACAAAAUAUGUUCUGUGAAAACGAUGAAGACAGACAAAGUGAAGGAUUAGUUGAAAGAUGGUCAGUUUAAAAACUGUGGUCUUACUUGAUUUGGAGCUUAUCACUACAGUCACAGCUGUGUAGGUAGUACACAGAGCUGAGCUGGUAUUUUGUAACCCACAAUGACUAGAUGUCAUAUAAUUCCUUGCACAUUCAUGACAUACUAGAACUGAGAGUACUUCUGAAAGAAAUGCAAAUUUUCCCUCCAAAUAUUCCUGCAGGCUCUAAGUAACCCUGCAGCAGUAGAACGUUUGGGCGGGAGAAGGUAUCAUUCAAAUGGUUUAAAGGUGCUAUAUGUAAGUAUUUCACUUUAAAAUGUUCUAAAGUUAACUAAAGUUAUCAACAGCAUUUGAAAAAAUAACACUAUCUCAAAGACGUCUGUGCAUUGUGUUGUGUAGACUGCUAAGUAAACAGCUGUUAAUACCAACGUUGGCAAUGUUGCGAUAGCAAAUACUUACACAUAGCACCUUUAAUGUCUUCACAUGUGCCUUUAUUUUUACCACAUACUAUAGCAACACUAAUGCAAUUAGUAUUUCAAAUCGUUUUAAAUGUGCCCUCUCACAACUAUUCCGAAAUGGUUUCUUACGCUUUAGCAGGUGAUACACGCACAGACAACGACCAAAUGUCACGAGCUUUAUAGCAGCUUUGUGGCUUGUGUUUAUGAAGAGAGGUUUUUCUUAUUUCUUUGUGUCCAUUUUAGCAUAGUGGUUACAUUUAUUAUGCUUAAUUAUUACAUACUGAUGAAUGUAAGGUACUUUGAACUCAUCUCUUUGUCUAUGACAUAAAACCGAGCACACAGAGCUAGAUUACAUGUUCAACAUCAGUCGCAAUAAGGACAAUGUGAUCAAGGUUUUCAGGGUAAAACAGAGGCUAAUACUAUUAACUAUGAGGAAUUAUAUCAUAAUCCUCUAUACCAUGUCACCAAUUCAGAAAAUUUGCAUUCACUGACAAAUACUGUAUAAAUUUUACAUGGGCUGUGAAAUUUUGUCAUACAUUUGCCUCAGUGUUAAAUCCUUUUUUUGCACGUAUGGUAUGUUUUGAAAACAUUUUUUAAAAAAGCACUUGUGUAUCCAGAGAGUGACACACUCAAAUAUUCAUUAAUUCUGUCUUUCAUUCAUUGGUUCUCUGGCAUUGAGUCCAUUUCCCCCUUCGUGGUGGUUAUCAGGCAUGGAAAUGUCUACAGAAGAAUAAACUAGGAUUAUCCAUUUACCAAACUAGUGUAAGGAUGUCCUCUUUUAGCACAUAGCUGAGGUGAAUGCAUAAAAGCUUUUAUUCUCGCGGGUCUUCUUUUUUAAGAUAAAUCUAUGCGCUCAAGCAGACAAGUUAAAUUUUGAUGCUUGGCCUCCAACCUAAAUAUCAGGGAGGUAGUUUGCACACUCAUUGUAUGAGUUUCUUAUCACAACAUGCACAGUUCACUCUUGUGGUGCUUAAUAUGCCUUUAUGAUGUCCUUCAAAGCACUGUGAGAGUGUAAAACCAUAAAGAAUACUUGAUUGAGAGUUGGCUAUUUAAUUAGUUCUGGAAAAUGUCGCUGUGUGAGUGCAGCCAAAGUCUGAAAUCUUUCAAUUUCUCUGAGGGCUUUGAUUUAUUUAGCGUCUACCAAAGUACCAGUUAAAGGAUAAGUCCUUGUGUCCUUUUUUAAACUUUUCUUUUAUUAUCAUGUUGAAUGUAGUAGUAACUUCUUCUUUUUAAUUCAAAUUUUCAUCCAUCGUUUUUUUGGCAUCACUGUUAAAUAGAAACUAUUCUGCCAAAGCAAUAUUUCAUUUUUUUCCUGUUUAAGCUUAUUUCAAAUCUUUAUGUGAUGUUAAAGCAAUAAUCUUGUUGUUGUUGAAAAAGUCCGUCUUAUUUUUUGAUUGUCUAGUUUUUUUUUUUAAUCCUUCAUGAGACACCAAAAAUUGAGCUGGUGUGUGUGUUUUUUUUUUUAAACCGUGUGACUUCUUUGUUGUAUUUUUCAUUUUCAAUACAUGUAGAUUGUUAGUUUGAGUAGUUUUUGAUUAUUUUUUUUUUCUUUUUUUGUCUUUUGCUUUUAUAGUAAAAAUGUACAGUAUGUUGGGUGGUGUUGCUAAUUCAUUUAACUCUGCUGAAGGACAGAAGAACUUAAAUGAAACAAUAACUGUGUGUGGUGUACUGGUUAUGCCGCUGCACUCUUGUAAUCAUCAUCCAACACGCUAUAGCUUUGUCAAUGAUUCCUGUGCAUUUAACCUGCCAAACUGUCUUAUUGAAGAGAGACAUACACUCUGUGACAAUGUACCUUUGUUUUUUUCAAUAAAAAUGAAUGAUUUUUUCAUGAA